AUGCCCGAUUCAAAGAACAAAAGCGCCUACGGGGUGGCAGCAGGGGAUACUGAUUUCCGGAAGAAUUGGGAUCUCGACGAAUAUGCAGCCAAAGCCAAGGAACGCGAGGCCAAGGAGAGGGAGGAGGGCAAGGCGCGUUACGAGGCGAAGCUGGCUGGCAAGAAGUACCACAAGCCCAUGACGGGCAAUGAGACGUAUACAUCGGCGCGGAGAAACAUCAUCGACGUGAGCGCACAAAUUGGAAAGACGCAGUUGGUGCCCGCGGGAACGGGCGUUGGAAAACGAGGCAAAGGCGCUGGUUUCUACUGUGAGGCCUGUGAUCUUACAUUCAAGGACAACCUACAAUGGGUCGAGCACUUGAAUACGACGCAGCAUCUGCUCAACACGGGCCAGACAACCGAAGUCAAGCGAGCGACCGUCGAGGAAGUGCACGACCGAAUCGAGUUCUACGUCCGUCGGAAAGAAGAUCUCGAGAAGGAAAAAGCCACAAGUCUUCACGAUAGGCUGCAACUAAGAGAGGAAGAGAUGCAGAAGGAGGCGGAGGAGAAGAGGAAGAAGCGUAAAGAGGAAACCGAGAAGAAGCGCCAGGAGAAGGAGCAGGCGGCCAAGGUCAAGACGGAGUAUGGCGAAGAUGUGCGGAUUGAAGGAGAGCAUGACGAGGACGACAUGAUGGCACAGAUGGGAUUUACCGGGUUUGGAUCGUCGAAGAAGUGA